AUGCGUUCUGCUUUCGCUUUGACGGGCCUGGCUAUCUUGUGUAACUUUAAUGUUGCCCUGGCAGGCCCAUGCAAGCCCCAUGGUGCGACCAGUCAUACCGAAGCAACAGUAACGACAGCUGGCCCGACCACUUCGGAGACAAAGGGACCCCUCGUUGUCAAGAACGUGAUUGGUAACGGAAAUUUCGCCCUCAGAGACCCCACCAACCCAAGCAACAUCCCCAACUACACCGUCGAAGGCCAGGGUCAAAUUGUCGAGAACAAGGGUUAUACUGGCGAUGGCAGCAAAGAGACGGGUUGUGUCGAGCUGCAAGCUGCUAACAGCCCUCCCGGACGUAAGCGAGCCAUUGGAAACAUCGUCAGCAUUUCUCAACAGCUUGACUCCCUCGACAUCAAGAAGAAGUACACUGUUCGCUUCUUUUAUGCUGUGGUUACUGCCAGCCAGAUCAAUGUCUGCACCCUAAGCGCUUCUAUCGCCGGCCAUCAAUUCUAUACAUCGACAAUCCUUAGUAUUGGAACAGCUAUCGACUGGAAUACUGUUCUUGAGCAAACCGAUGUUCCCAACACGCAGGGUGCCUUUUCAGUGUCGGUCAAUUGCCCGAUUGGUGGAGUUGCGGCUAUUUACGUCGACUCGAUCUUUAUGUCUAACCAGGUCACUCCUCAGACGAUCAACGAUAUAUCGAUUGACUAUGCUGAUGGAAAUGAUGUUGCUACUACGAGUGGGUUGCCGGUAGGAUCUACGACAUCCAAUGCGCCAAACAGUAACGAGAGCACCAACAGCCCAUCGACACAAACCAAGUCUUCCACUGGAACUGAUGCCGUCACUUCGGAGAUUGCACACCCGACAACUGGUCUUUCCAUGGGUUCUGAUACCGAGACUUUCCAUCCAUCAACCGAGUCUUUCAUCGGUAGUGAUACUGUAACCCACGGUUCUGAUGGAGCUCAGACCAAAGAACCUACAAGCGCGGCUGGCGAAUCGACUGCCUCUGAGCCUACUACACAGAACCCGCGAACAACAUCAGAGAGCGAUAUUCCGACUCUCACCCUGAACCCAACCACGAGUGCCCUGCAUCCGUCAACCACAAGUGACAUUUCCCCCUCGACAGAAAGCUCUUUACCAACUGGCUCGCGAGUCUGCCCCGUUGGAGCCCCUCCACCUGGAUACUGCAAGCCUGUGCAGCCAGAAGUAACCCAGACCGUGUCCCUGACAGGAAUUCCACAACUGUCUGACAAUGAUCGUCCUACCGCCCCCAGAGCCUGUUGGGCCUUUGGAAAGGCAAAGCAAGGUACAUGGGGUCGCACAAAGUCGAGCAACCCUCGACAAAACUCCAUCGCUGACUGUGCCCUCCUUUGCAAGCAAGAAGGAUCUGCUUGCAAGGCCUUUGCGUUGUAUAACUUGGGCGGGGAGACUAGCUGCUGGAUGCUUGGUGACAGACUGGGCGUCGUUGGUAUUGAUCUGAAUCAGCAGUAUUCUCUGAUGUGGAAUGAUUUCGAUUGCUUCGAGUGUCAGGAUUGUGAUAUCAAGAACCCAGCGGAUAUUGAGACUUCGACCUUCGCACCUUCAACCACCUCUCUUCCAGAAAUUAUGACUACAUCAGUGUCUCCCUCCACCCCUACUCUUUGUCCCAACUGCCAUCUCCAAAGCUCACCAUCUUCAAACCUUGUCUGUGAGAAGAUCGGUAACCUCGGCGCUGUUGAUCUCCAGCCUUAUGCCAACAAUGAUUUCGAUAAGGCCACUAUGCAGACAAACUCGGAACAGUGUGCGACUAUCUGUUAUCAGCUGGACGGCUGUGCUGCCUCAGCUCACGAUGCCGGGCGGGGACGGUGCAUCUUUACCAAUGUCGCCAUGACGAGCAGCGCAUUCCAGGAAGCACAGGCUUUGGACGGCCAUGAUUACAUUCUACCAUGGAGUUCCCAGGGCUGCUGGUCCUGCUCCAACGAUUGCUCAGUUCAGCAUGAUACUACCAGCCAGGCUCCUAGCUCUACUGAACAUAUCGUUGAACACACGACAAUAACCCCAACACGUACUGAACCUCUUACAACCUUCAUCUCUUCUUACGUCCCAACAACCACCGAGUCUGCCAUGCCUCAAUGCACCCUUGCUUUAUCCGAUGGAUGCACCUUCGAUCAGAACAACCAUAAUUAUCAAGACUGCAGUAAAUCGGGAACUAUGAAGAACACUUUUACACUCAGCGACAAUGAGUACCCCUGGCAAGAGGGCAUUAACAGUUACCAGAACUGUGUAGCCAUCUGCAACCAAAUGCCCCACCGCUGCAAGUCUUCCGCAUGGGAUCAGAACCAACAAGCGUGUGUCUUCUCCUCCAACUCUAUCUUUACCUCCGCGUUCACCUCCGGCAACGGAGACGACCAGGAUAUGGAUUGGAGUGACCAAAGUUGCUGGAAAUGCUUCUGCCACGACCAAGAUCGUGAUGCAUACUCUGCGUCGCUGAGAACUGCUCUCCCUACGGCGACUUGCACGCCGAGCAUUACGAGCGAGGACGCUGUUUGUUCGAUCAAGCAGGUUGACAACGGCGAUUUGGUCUGCCAACAUCAGGGUUACUUCCCAUGGCAAUGGGACGAGGCACCUUCCAAGUUUCCCAACCAAGAUUCAGAGGAGCGUUGUGCGGCUCUUUGUAACUCGAACCCUGACUGUCAAGCGUCAGGCUGGUCUGAGGAGUAUGGCAAAUGCGCUAUUGGAGGUUUCCAGCUUAAGGAUAUUACGUGGCAGCAGUUUGGUGAUACGAAGUUGAGCUGGAGUGAUAAGGGCUGUUGGGACUGCUCUGAGUGUAUUAAGAGUCAAAAAUGGCGUAUUUAUAACUAA